AUGGAAGCUAGAAACGUCACUGAGUUUGUGCUGCUGGGACUAACCAGUGACCCUCGGGCUCAGGCGCUGCUCUUCGUCCUGUUCUUGGUGAUUUACGUCUCGAUCCUGGUGGGGAACCUGCUGAUGCUGGCUCUGAUCAGCUCUGAUUCCCACCUCUGUACCCCCAUGUACUUCUUCCUGAGACACCUCUCCUUCAUGGAUGCCUUCUACUCCUCAGUCAUUGUGCCUAAUUUGCUGAGGAACCUUAUUUCCGAGUGGAAGACCAUAUCCUCCCUUGGCUGUUUCAUUCAGAUUGCCCUGGUCAUAUUUUCGGGGGCCACUGAAGCCUGCCUCCUUUCUGCCAUGGCCUACGACCGCUUCCAGGCCGUGUGCCAUCCACUGUUGUAUGUGGUCACUAUGAGCGGAAAGGUAUGUUCUGGCAUGGUGGCUAUGUCCUGGGCCGUAGGAAUGAGUGUUAGCCUGAUUAACACCCUCCUGCUGGCUCAGGAGGACUUCUGCGGCCCGAACCUCAUCCGCAGCUUUGCCUGUGAGCUUCCUCCAGUGCUCUUGUUGGCCUGUUCUGACCCCCACACUACUGUCGCCUCCAUCCUGACCACCUUGGUGGUCUUAGGUUUUGGUACUCUUGUGCUACUGCUGGGAUCCUAUGGCCGUAUCAUCAUGACAGCCCUGGGCAUCGACUCAGCCACCAGUCGGAGCAAGAUUUUCUCCACGUGUUCAUCUCAUUUCCUAGUAGUCACCAUCUUCUAUGGCUCAGGAGUAUUCAGGUACAUGACUCCAGCAUCCGGCUCAGCCAUGGAGCAGGUGUUAUCUUUGCAGUACAGUGUGGUGACCCCGCUGCUAAACCCCCUCAUCUACAGCCUGAAAAACAAAGAUGUAAAAGCAGCUCUGAGGAAGAUGCUGACCAGGAAGUACAGACUGAGCUUAUAG